AGGUCGGGGCGCGCCGCUGGGGCGGGCGGAAGCGGCGGGGAUCGGGGGCCGCUGGCAUGGCAGCCGCAGCCGAGGGGCCGCCCGAGCUCCGCGCCUCCGCUGGCAAACAGGAUCCUGCCAUUGAGACGGCAGAAGAGGCUAAGGAACCAGCAGAAGCAGAUAUCAAUGAGCUUUGUAAGGAUAUGUUCAGCAAAAUGGCCACGUAUUUAACAGGUGAACUGACAGCCACAAGUGAAGACUACAAACUCCUGGAAAACAUGAACAAAUUGACCAGUUUGAAAUACCUGGAAAUGAAAGAUAUUGCUAUAAACAUUAGUCGGAACUUGAAAGACUUAAACCAAAAAUAUGCUGCUCUUCAGCCAUAUCUGGAACAGAUCAACCUCAUUGAGGAACAAGUGGCAGCUCUUGAGCAGGCAGCCUAUAAGUUGGAUGCAUAUUCAAAAAGACUUGAAGCAAAGUACAAAAAAUUGGAGAAACGAUGAAACCUACAAAAAAAAAAAAGACUUCCUAAAUACAAGAUUUUUUUUUGAGAAGCAGGUUUGUGGGCCAGAGUGACCUGUCAUAUUCCUGAGGUUUAAGCUGUACAAGGCACAGAAGCACUUACUUCUGGAAGAACAGUGUACUUGGGGAUUGUCUUACCUGAGGAGUUGAUUACUAGUCCAGAUAUCUACUGAAAUUUUGCUUUGUUAAUCCCUUCUAAAACUAGAAAACUUUCCCUUCUCUCACAAAUGUGCUUUUACUGCCUGUGUUACUGAGCUGUAAUAGAAAGCUGAAAUCAGCACUGAGCUCUUGCGUGCUGAUGUACUAUUGCAUUUGACUUCCUGAGCAUCAUAUGGCAUACUGCCUUGUACAAAAAAAAUCUCUGUAACCCAUGAAGACUUCUCUACAGCUGCAGGACCUGACCUUUCUCUAAAGUGUGUUGCUUCCUCCUCACCUUGAGGCAAAUGUCUUGGAAAUAUUGUGUCUGUAAUUAUCUAAAGUCCUUGGUUUUCAGAGUUGUGAGUGCAGUUUUGGAAACUCUUAAGUUUGUUCUUUAUCCAGAUCACCUUUUGCUGUGGAGAGAAUGUUUACAGUGGCUUUACAAUAAAACUUAGAUAUGUUGUA